AUGCCAGACUGUAAACAUAAACAAAAAAGGCCAGACUGUACAUAUAUACAACAGAGGACAUAUUAUACACAUAAGCAACAGAGAUCAGACUAUACACAUAAACAACAGAGGUCAGACUAUACACAUCAACAACAGAGGCCAGACUGUAAACAUAGACAACAGAUUCCAGGCUAUACACAUCAACAACAGAGUCCAGACUAUACACAUAAACAACAGAGGCCAGACUAUACACAUCAACAACAGAGGCCAGACUGUAAACGUAGACAACAUAUUCCAGACUGUAAACAUAGACAACAGAGGCCAGACUAUACACAUCAACAACAGAGUCCAGACUGUAAACAUAGACAACAGAUGCCAGACUGUAAACAUAGACAACAGAGGCCAGACUAUACGCAUAAACAACAGAUGCCAUGCUAUACAAAUAAACAACAGAAAACAUACUAUACGCAUAAACAACAGAUGCCAGACUGUAAACAUAAACAAAAAAGGCCAGACUGUACACAUAAACAACAGAGGCCAGGCUAUACACAUAAACAACAGAGGCCAGACUGUAAACAUAAACAACAGAGGUCAGAUUAUACACAUAAACAACAGAUGUCAAACUAUAAACAUAGACAACAGAGGCCAGACUAUACACAUCAACAACAGAGGCCAGACUGUAAACAUAGACAACAGAGACCAGACUAUACACAUAAACAACAGAGGCCAGACUAUAGACAUCAACAACAGAGGCCAGACUAUACACAUAAACAACAAAGGCCAGACUAUAGACAUCAACAACAGAGGCCAGACUGUAAACAACGACAACAGAGGACAGACUAUACACAUAAACAACAGAGGCCAGACUGUAAACAUAGACAACAGAUGCCAGACUGUAAACAACGACAACAGAGGACAGACUAUACACAUAAACAACAGAGGCCAGACUAUACACAUAAACAACAGAGGCCAGGCUAUACACAUCAACAACAGAAGCCAGACUGUAAACAACGACAACAGAGGACAGACUAUACACAUAAACAACAGAGGCCAGACUUUACACAUCAACAACAGAGGCCAGACUGUAAACAUAGACAACAGAGGCCAGACUGUACAAAUAAACAAAAAAGGCCAGACUGUACACAUAAACAACAGAUGCCAUGCUAUACAAAUAAACAACAGAAAACAUACUAUACACAUAAACAACAGUUGCCAGACUAUACACGUCAACAACAGAGGCCAGACUGUAAACAUAGACAACACAGGCCAGACUAUACACAUCAACAACAGAGGCGAGGUUAUACACAUAAACAACAGAGGCCAGACUAUACACAUAAACAACAGAGGUCAGACUGUAAACAACGACAACAGAGGACAGACUAUACACAUAAACAACAGAGGCCAGACUAUACACAUACAACAACAUAUGCCAGAUGA